UAUAAAGCAACGCGAUUAAAUCCCAGCUUAAUUAGUCGAACGAUAUUCGCCAUGAAAUUCGCAUUGCUCGUAGCUUCGAUUAGCUGUGCGGUUGCACUGGGCUAUGCCCUACCGGUGGAAGCCAAACCAUGGGCCCUGAUCCCGGAUGGUGCGGGGAACAUGCACAUGGUAAACAUUGAACCAGCGAGCGUACCCACGGGUGUUGAUGAGGUCGAACCCCAUUUUGAUCCGCUGUCGGAAGUUGUGUUCCGUCUGCAUACCCGCCGUAACCCCGUCCACCCUCAACUGAUCCAAUGGAAUGACCACGGGUCGAUCCAGAACUCAAACUUCGAUCCCAGCCACCCGACUCGGUUCCUGAUCCACGGAUGGGUUGAAGGUCAGGACGCCACGUUGCACUGGGUCAUCAAGGACCACUACCUGCGAGUGGGUGACUUCAACGUUAUCAAUGUAGAUUGGGGUGCAGGUGCUCAGACCAUCAACUACGCCGCUGCUCGUAAUCGUGUCGCUGGAGUCGGUAUGGUUGUGGCCCGUGUGAUUCAGGCAAUCCAGGCUGCAACCGGACAGCACAUUGACCUGAUUAACGUGAUCGGAUUCAGUUUGGGAGCCCAUGCUGCUGGUAAUGCUGGCAAACAAAUGAACGGUCAACUUCCAGCCGUUAUUGCUCUGGAUCCUGCUGGUCCCCUAUUCUCGUUCGGACAGGUCGACAUUUUCCAUCACACUGAUGCCCGUUACACCGAAGCUAUCUACACCAACGCUGGUCUACUGGCCUUCAACAACCCUCUGGCCGAUGCCAACUUCUAUCCCAACGGAGGUCGCUCGCAGCCGGGUUGUACCCUGGACGUUGCCGGAGUUUGUGCUCACAACCGUGUCAAUGAACUGUUUGCCGAAUCCGUUUCGACCGAUAAUGGAUUCAACUCGAUGCGCUGUUUGAACCACGAUGAAAUUCUGUCUGGCCGUUGCACUCCCACGGGACCGUACGCCAAGAUGGGUGGUGAGCCUUCGAAUCAUGGUCGUGGUGUUGAGGGUGUUUUCUACUUGAGAACUAACUCUGCAUGGCCAUUCGCUAGAGGUUGAUCAAUACAGGAUUGUUUUUUUUCUCUUUUUUGUUUAAUAAAUAUGUUUUUGAAAACUCCA